AUGUCAUGUCACAUCGGCGCCGUAUCAUCCAAAAACCAAUGGUUUAGUAGAGAGAAUAUUAUCAGAACCUUCAAGAGUAGAUACAGUGCUUGCAAACAAGAAGGUCUCAGUUCAUCACUUGCACUUUUACAAGUGUUGGUUGCUUAUCGGAACACCCCACAAAAGACCACAGGACAACCACCAUCAGUCCUUUUCUAUGGUAGAAGAAUACCAACAGCUUUGGAUAGGUGGAGGUGUAAUAGCAGAGAGAGAAUAGAAAAUCAAGUGUGGCGACAGAAGUACUACCACGACUUAAGAUCUAAACAAAAGGAGUUUUCUGUCAAACAAGAAGUGUGGGUUCAAAAUGAAACGAAGAAGGGCUGGAGACCAGGAACUGUACAAGAAAGGACGGGAGAGCUAUCAUACACAGUUUUAGUUGGGGGAGAAAUAAAGAGAAAACACGCUGACCAGCUGAGAGCAAGAGAAGGUGCAACUGAUCCACCCCAAUGGAAAAUGCAAAUGGAACCUGAAAAGGAUGAUGUACAUAGUUUCGGAAACUCAGCCUAA